GAGAGAGCACGGGACUGCCAGGCUCCUCACCCCACCCCGUAUUCCCCCUCUCCCUCCCACGAACACAUCAACUUUCCGCUUGCAGUGACCUGCCCUCCAGUGUGACUUAUCAGCUGUUCAGAGCUGGUCGCUUAAAGAAAACACGUUGUGGAAUACCCUGCUCUGUAUGAAAAUGAAAUGGCUGAGCCAGCUCGGGGUUAAGAGAAGGUUUGCGAAUGAGGAGAAUAAUGAUCUUCAGUUUCUGACCUCCUGGCAGGCGGCAGUAUUUAUCAGGAGGCACAUGUGACUGGUUAAGACACAGAGCCCCAGCUUGAAGGAAACAGCUGCUUGCAGUGAGCUCCGGCACUUGGCAGCUGGACAGGCAGGGUGCUGGUGUGAGGCAUACUGGACAGAGCUGCCUCAGGAUUUCUUUCUGUUCUUUUAUCAGGUUCUCCAAAGGACUUACUAUUUAAGUUGGAUAAGCCAGUACUGCAGACUGCAUUCUCAGUUCACUUUCCAGUGAUGAUAGCUGCCCUUAAAAUUCUUUCAGAGCUGGAAAUCGAUCUGUGUGGAACCAAUAGCUUUGAAGUAUAACUAAGGACAGAGACCACCACUAGGCACAAACAUCACCAGCCUGCAUGAUAAUGGAGAUUGUCUGUCUGAUGCUGAAAAUGUCUCUAGUUUUUUGACAACGGUUAAGUAACCAUGGGGUCAAGUGGACUUGGGAAAGCAGCCACAUUGGAUGAACUGCUGAGCACUUGCAUUGAGAUGUUUGAUGACAGUGGAGAGCUGAAUAAUAGUUAUUUGCCAAGAAUAGUUCUACUGAUGCACCGAUGGUAUUUAUCUUCCACUGAAUUGGCAGAAAAACUUCUCUGCAUGUAUCGAAAUGCCUGUGGAGAAAGCUGCGAUGAAUUUCGAUUAAAGAUCUGCUACUUCAUGAGGUACUGGAUUCUAAAGUUUCCUGCAGAGUUUAAUUUGGACCUUGGUUUGAUCCGUAUGACUGAGGAAUUCCGAGAAGUAGCUAGUCAACUAGGAUAUGAAAAACACAUCAGCCUCAUCGACAUAUCCAGCAUUCCUUCCUACGACUGGAUGAGAAGAGUCACACAGAGGAAAAAAGUAUCCAAGAAGGGAAAAGCCUGUCUGCUGUUUGACCAUCUGGAGCCCAUUGAAUUGGCUGAGCACCUCACUUUUCUGGAGCAUAAAUCUUUCAGAAGGAUCUCAUUCACUGAUUACCAAAGUUAUGUCAUCCAUGGCUGCCUGGAGAAUAACCCAACUUUGGAGAGAUCUAUUGCUUUAUUUAAUGGAAUCUCUAAAUGGGUCCAGUUGAUGGUUCUUAGCAAACCAAGUCCCCAGCAAAGGGCAGAAGUCAUCACAAAGUUUAUCAAUGUUGCCAAGAAGCUCCUUCAGCUAAAAAAUUUUAACACCCUGAUGGCAGUGGUGGGAGGCCUUAGUCAUAGUUCCAUUUCACGCCUCAAAGAGACCCAUUCUCAUCUUUCUUCAGAAGUUACAAAGAACUGGAAUGAAAUGACUGAGCUGGUCUCCUCCAACGGCAAUUACUGCAAUUAUCGCAAGGCCUUUGCCGACUGCGAGGGCUUCAAAAUCCCCAUCCUUGGCGUGCACUUGAAAGACUUGAUAGCAGUCCAUGUCAUUUUCCCAGACUGGAUGGAGGACAACAAAGUGAAUAUUGUGAAAAUGCACCAGCUCUCCGUCACCCUGAGUGAACUAGUCUCCCUGCAGAAUGCCUCUCACCACUUAGAACCCAACAUGGAUUUGAUCAACCUGCUCACACUUUCUCUGGACCUCUAUCACACAGAAGAUGAUAUUUACCAACUGUCCCUGGUGCUGGAGCCUAGAAAUUCUAAAUCGCAGCCUACCUCUCCUACAACGCCCACCAAGCCUGUGGUGCCCCUGGAGUGGGCAUCAGGAGUGGUGCCAAAGCCAGACCCCACCAUCAUCAACAAGCACAUAAGGAAAUUAGUUGAGUCUGUGUUUAGAAACUAUGACCAUGACCAUGAUGGGUACAUCUCCCAAGAGGACUUUGAAAGUAUAGCUGCCAACUUUCCCUUCUUGGACUCCUUCUGUGUGCUAGACAAAGAUCAGGACGGCCUAAUUAGUAAAGAUGAAAUGAUGGCUUACUUCCUGAGAGCUAAGUCCCAACUACACUGUAAAAUGGGACCAGGAUUUGUCCAUAAUUUUCAGGAGAUGACCUAUCUCAAGCCAACCUUCUGCGAACACUGUGCAGGAUUUCUCUGGGGCAUAAUCAAGCAAGGCUACAAAUGCAAAGACUGUGGAGCCAAUUGUCACAAGCAAUGCAAAGACCUCCUGGUUCUGGCCUGCAGGAGAUUGGCCCGGGCACCUUCCUUAGGCAGCAGUCAUGGGUCGCUGCCCGGAAGCCCAUCCUUGCCCCCAGCGCAGGAUGAGGUGUUCGAGUUCCCUGGCGUUGCUGCUGGCCACCAAGACCUGGACAGCAGAGCCAUCACCCUGGUCACAGGCUCUUCUCGUAAGAUCUCCGUGAGGCUGCAGCGGGCCACCACGAGCCAGGCCACCCAGACCGAGCCUGUAUGGUCGGAGGCUGGCUGGGGGGACUCGGGAUCUCACACCUUCCCCAAAAUGAAAUCCAAGUUCCAUGACAAAGCAGCAAAGGACAAAGGCUUUGCAAAGUGGGAAAACGAGAAGCCCAGGGUUCAGGCUGGCGUGGAUGUUGUUGACCGUGGCACCGAGUUUGAGCUUGACCAGGAUGAAGCAGACAUGGGUGAGGCCAGACAGGAUGGUGAGGAUGGCUGACUUCAGGCUGAGGACACUGAAGGCAAUAAUGUUGACAUUUGGCAAGAAUGCGAUGAGAAACUCUGAAGAACAGUCCAGCUCUCAGGAAGUUACCUGAAAAGAUGUCUGGACGUUUAGCGCCUUGUGACAUGGGAUCUCCCUGACUGGACUAUGGGACAGAGGACUUAUCCUAUGAACUAUUUAUUUCCUCCUCCCCUGCCCCUAGUUAGGUGCCAUGAAGACUAUGUUAUGUAGUUGAUUGUUUUUCUCAUGUAUCUUUCUCUGGAGCCAUUCAUAUACGGGUGAAACGAAAGCUUUUGUGCAUGUUCUUGAUACUUAUUCUCUAAACUCAGAUUCUGCUUUCUUUGUGAGAAUAUUAUUUCGGUAUUUUUAUAAAAGAUGGGGGGAUAUUU